AUGAUGGAAUUGCCAGGAACAGGUGAGGCAGUGUAAUUACAAUUUAAUAUUUAAGUAUCUUAAAAUGAACUGAAAAAAAAGGAUCUGACUGAAUUAUCAAAAUAAUUAGUCAGACUUCCUGCUGGAAUGACAUCGUUUUGUGAUUAAAAACUUUAGUUGGAAAGCAAAACAAAAAAGUCAGAGACUAACGGUGCUAUUACCCUGAUUCCCCAAUUUCCACUUUUAAAACCUUGCCUAAUUCUAAUUUUUCCUUCGGUGAGGUAGAGGGUUUUGAUGCCCAUUGUUAUUUUAUCAUUAAUGGUAUAUUUUUUUUUCUUCUCCAUCUUUAUCGUUGUUACUAUUAUCAUCAGUAUACACUUUUUCGUUUAUUUAUUUAUUCCUUUGUCUCCAUCAUCAGAAUUAUCACUAUUGUUACAAUCAGUAUACAUUUUUUUUCGCUUAUUUAUUCCUUAAUUUUUUUCCGAUAGAGUGCCAAGUAACCUGUUUCAAAAACUCAUCCUACAUAUUUUCGAAAAGCGGAAGAGAUUGGUAUCAAAACAACUUUGUCUGUUACAAACAGGGAGGCUACUUAGUCUCCAUCGAAACUCAAGAAGAAUGGCAGUUUAUCAGUCAUGAGAUUCAAAAGCGUGGUACUUCGAAUACUAGUGCGUGGCACAUCGGUUUAAGGAAGAGAGACGGGGAUUGGACUUGGUUGAGUAGAGAAAAUCUAAGUAUUUCGAAAUGGCGAGAUUCUCAGCCAGAUGGUAACGACUCUUGCGCGGAAAUAUCUAAGAAUGGAGGCCUCUUUAAUGGUAUCUCUUGUUCCGAUAAAAACGCCUUCAUUUGCGAGAUGUCCGGAGGUAAGAUCACAUUCCAACCAUGA